AUGUCGUCGCCUCUUGCAGACGCGUUCUGGGCAGCACCUCCCAUCGCUAGAACCCUCACUGCUGCCACCGUUGUCCUGUCCCUCAACUUUUGGCUGUUACAAGUCGUAAACCCUUACUACUCUGUCUUCAUACCUCGGCUAGUGUUCAAGCUAUGGACGCCCCAAGUCUGGCGUCUCGUAACAGCCUUCCUCAUCACCUCAGAGAAACUUGGCAUAAUCAUGGAUCCAUACUUUCUCUUCACAUACUGCAAAGCUCUGGAGGUUGAUUCACCUCGCUUUGCUCAGCCAGGCGACUUCUUUGUCGCUCUGGUCUUCAAUUGUAGUGUCAUCUUGCUCCUCGUAAGCAUCGUCUUUGGCGGAGGCUUGGUCUUGGCUCCACUUAGUCUCGCUCUCGCCUAUCUGCAUGUGCAAGAUGCGCCCGAUGCCAUGAUGAGUUUCUUCUUCAUCAACAUGCGCCGCAGGUAUCUUCCCAUCUGUAUGUUGGCGGUCACCUUGGUCAUGGUGGGUCCUUUCGGGGCUCUCCAACAAGCCUUCGGCCUUGUUUCUGCUCAUCUCUACGACUUUUUGACCAGAAUCUGGCCGUCGUAUGGAGGUGGUUACAACCCAAUUCGUACUCCACAAAUGGUGCAGCGUUGGUUCGCCAAAACUUCGGGUCCAGGCAACAAUCGCUCGUAUGGCACUGCCUUCCAAGCUCGUCCUUCCGGCUCUGUCGGCGCUCAACCUCAGGCUGGAAGCUCGCGUAGCGGCGGAUGGACGAGUGGCUUCACCUCGGGUACCUGGGGCUCUCGCGGUGCUGGCAGAAGACUUGGUGGUGAUUAA